AUGGGGCUCGUACCUAGGAGUAUGAAGCACGACAACACCGCGACUGAGCAUAAGACGGACACAGGUCGGGGUGACAUUCAGGAGUACUCGAACCUCAUGCAGUUGGUGAACAUCGCUGUCUGUGGGGCGCGCGGGGUCGGUAAGAGUGCCCUAAUUGAUGGGUUCUUCCGGAAACACGUGACGGGGCACACAGGAGCCACAACCACUUCCGACGGCCAGAGGUAUCUGCAUCCGGACCAGGACAACGUCGCCUUGUACGAGAUCGAUAUCGUCCAUGCCGCCACGAAAGACUUCCGAGGCUUCCAAUUCGUGUUCAUACUCUUCGAUCACUCAGCCACCAAACUCGAGUGUGAAACUGCACAACGCGCACACGAACGGGACAUACCCAUCGCCUUCGUCGGUCCUAAAGCCGACGUCCAGGCUAAGCGACUCACCAAACUCUACGGAGUAGAUGACGUCAGCCUCCCCAGGAAGACCAGGGACAUCUUUAACAGCAAGGCUUCCAAAGAAUGGUUCGCUCUACCCGAACAAGACAGAGCAGUGUACAUCGUAUCUAACCCGGCCCUCUUCGAGCCGGAGAACAAACGGCGGUUUGACGAAACCGCCUUACUGAAUAGGUUUGACUAUAUCAUGGGUCAGUUGUGUGCAUGUCCGCCCACUGUUGAGAUUGAUAUGAACACAGGGAACAUAUUGAAGUCGGACUGUUUGACGAACAGCACGACGGUGAUGAUUUCGAACACCUACUUACGCAAAUCCAGUCGGCCGCUGCAGGCGAGCACGACCUUCCGUCCGAGCGUCGCACCCCGGACAAUCGCACCGCAGGCAGUCGCACCGCAGGCAGUCGCAAUUUCGUCCACUCGGGUUCCGGAUACGAGGACGACUCUGCAAACCAGCAAGCCCGCUGCCACCUGGCAGUCGCGGUAUAAGGAGUCGCGCCUCGGUCAAUUGCCCAAUAACGCGGCCCAGACGGAAGAGGGUGCACACACGGGACGGGAAAUCAAAAUCGCUUUUCUCGAAGCGCCUACCACCGACGGCGUCACCGUCAUGGAGACCGUGCUCGGUUACAAGGCAGGCACACAUCAAUCCAUUCUUUCACACACGCCUUACAAACACCCGCAGUUCGAAGACGCACUCUUCUUCUACAUACCCCUCGUCAACUCCAAGGACGUGCCCCUCUACUUCGCCAACAACGGUCUCCCACAAAUGCGGCUCAUCGUACUCGUCUUCUCUGAAGAAAACCACCUGCAAAUCGUUAAGGAGGCUCGACGACGGGGCAUUGACGUCGUCGUCGCGUCUAAGGUCGGGGACGAGAAGUCCGGCGGCCUCAACCCCAAAAAGGCCGUCCUGAAGUUGCGCAAGAUCGCCGGCGGCGACGCGAGCCAGAAGCUGGCCAAAAAAGGGCUGAACUCGGUGUCAGUCUUCUCCGUUAACCCACGAAUAUUGAGAAUACCAAACAGCUACCCUCAAACUGACGAGGAACAAUUCAAGGCAUAUAUCGCGCAGGUGUGUAAAGGCAAGACACCGUGUUCGCGGUACCAGCAGACCGUGCCGAACCCCAAGUCGAACCUGAAGGGGAACGCCUUCGACGGGAGCUCCAUCUUCCAGCCGGGCGACUUCACUCGCGGACACGGCUACGUGUCCGUACCGGCGCCUAAGCCCGCGCUCAAAGCAGAUACGCCGAAGUCCGUCAUGUUCGACUGCCGCAAGGACACGCUCGUCGCCUACGUCGGCGCUGUGGGGGUCGGCAAGACCACACUGGUGCGGCACACACUAGGCGCCCAGGCCAUUCCGCCCGACGACGGCGGCAUCUGGUCCGUCCGCCACCCCGCCUACUACGACGUCAUCAUGCAGGACUACCCCGGGUACGACCCCUACGACCAGAACGUAGGCUCCCUCACCUGGAUGCACCAAAGUCAACUACACGCUAUGGACUGGAUCAUACUCGUCUUCAACGAAGUCCUCGACCAACCCGAGAUCAACAUCAUCCAGUUCGCCCUCAACAGCAACGUCCGCGUCGUCUGUGUCGCCACCAAAACAGACCUCGUCGUCGACCGCUUCAUCUUCGACAAGAACUUGACCGAAGCCAGCGCCAUCGACAACACGCGCUCCGUCAUCUUCCAACAGUACUGGCAAGACAUGGAAGCCGCGCAACUCGACCCCCCGCCUCUCUUUAUACUCUCCGGCCGCGCACUCGAGUCCAAAAAACGUGCCCAGUUCGAUGAAGAACAGUACACCAAAAUGAGUAAGCACACCCCAUGGCACUGA